AUGAGCUCUAAUUAUGGUGGAUUUCAAGGGGAUUUGACUCAACGUGAUGCCAGCAGGACGCAAUUGUUCGAUGGGGCAGACUUUUCCAAAUACCAGCAGCGACAACAGAAGCCAACUUCUUCAUUCGAGAAAAGUUCAUCUGGAAUCGAUUACUCUCAGGCCACGCUUUCGCAGCUUGAAUCACAGAGUGACGAGCAAAUGAAUAUGAUGAGCCAAAAGAUUCAUGCAUUAAAGAGUUUAUCACUACGAAUGGGGGAUGAGAUUCGUGGGAGCAACCAGACUUUAGACCAAUUGGGCAACGUUUUUGAGCAAACGACUAACCGUUUGAAGCGUACAUUCAAGAAUAUGAUGGUUAUGGCCCAGAAAUCUGGUGUUUCUAUUAAGACAUGGUUGAUCAUCUUUGGAGGACUAACGCUCUUGUUCUUCUAUAUCUGGAUACGUUGA